AUGGCCGAGGAGCACCGCGAGCUGGAGGAGCGGAUCAUCAUCAAGGACCAGCACACCAAGGAGAUCGACCUGGUCAACAGAGACCCCAAGCGCAUCAACGAGGACGUGGUGAAGGUGGAUUUUGAGGAUGUGAUAGCUGAGCCCGUGGGCACCUACAGCUUCGACGGCGUCUGGAAAAGCAGCUACACCACCUUCACCGUCAGCAAGUACUGGUGCUACCGGCUGCUCUCCGCCCUGCUGGGCAUCCCCCUGGCCGUCCUCUGGGGCUUCCUCUUCGCCCUCAUCUCCUUCUGCCACAUCUGGGCCGUGGUGCCCUGCAUCAAGAGCUACCUGAUCGAGAUCCAGUGUGUCAGCCGCAUCUACUCGCUGUGCAUCCACACCUUCUGUGACCCGCUCUUCGAGGCGCUCGCCAAGAUCUGCAGCAACAUCCGAGUUGCUGUCCGGAAGGAGACUUAG